AUGAACUGGAAACGAGCGUGCAGAAGAUGGAUGAUUCCUCUUUGGCUCCGUGGAUUCUUAGCAGGAUGUCUUUCAUGUUCUUUCAUUUUCAGUUUGUUUCUGGGCAUGCGUGAUUCAGUGGAACGGUCAGAUGAGUUAGCUAACAAUUAUCGCGACCAUCACAACAAAAAAAUAAGUUCUCAACAAUUUAAGGUGCAUCUACCAAACAUGGCUGCCAGGAGGAAUGUGAUUAUUGUAUCUCAUGGCCGUUCUGGGUCUUCCAUCACCGGUGAUAUUUUUAAUCAUCAUCCCGACGUAUUUUAUUUGUAUGAACCGCUUCAAACUGUACAGCGGACUCAACAAAAAUUUAACGUGGGUUACAAAGGUCUUGCGGAAAUCUUCCUGACAAAGGUUCUCAGCUGUAGCUUUGAUGAGCCGCUUUUUCUUGAAGAUAUAGAAUGGUAUUAUCGGAGACCAGUUCACCCUAAAAUAAGUCAAGCGAUUGGUUCACCUCCUCUGUGUCCUUAUAAUCUGUCAGACGAGAAAUGGGAUUACAAAAAGUGCUCAAAAAUGACAAGUAAAUCCCUAGGAAAUGCAUGCAAAAAUCACUACCAGCUAACUGUUAUAAAGAUACUUCUAAGUCGCAUUCCGCAAAACAGUCUUCAAAGCAUCAUUUCUGCUUGUAAUUCUGAAGAUAUAGAUUGUAAAAUCGUGUUUCUAGUGAGAGAUCCUCGCGCUGUGAUACCUUCCUCAUUAAGCGUACGUUUUUAUAAAGAACAGGGCGGGGUUGGCAAGUUAGGCACAAGGAAGUUUAGCUAUGAUCUGUGCAAAAUAACCGAGGAGAACCUGUAUUUUUUAAGACAUUUACCAGACUGGUUGCGCAGCCGUACAAUGUUGCUGCGAUACGAAGAUUUAGCCAACAAGCCACUGAAACAAAUGAGGCGUUUGUACAAGUUUGCGGGACUGUCUUUUAUCGAAAGUGUUGCUGAUUGGUUGAAUCGAGUCACACAUCCAAGCAAAAGUAGAGAUGACAUAAAAAUAACAGGCAGUCAAGCUGCGUUCACUGUUGAUGAUGCACAAGCUGCUAUCAACAGAUGGAGAUGGAAGGUGCAUCCUCAUGAAAUUGCUAUCAUUGAGAAGUAUUGUAAAGGUGUUAUUAAGUUGAUGGGUUACACACUCUUAGAUAAUUCUUUCGAAUUACAGAGUAAUAUAUCCAUUCCCCUUUAUAGUCAAGAUUAUGAAGCAAAAGACUGGUUUCAAGAUUAA